AUGUCAACUGAGCAACAGCCAGCUCACAUUUUCAUCCUUUGUCAUGGAUUAUGGGGUAAUCAGAAACAUAUGGGUACGAUUGAAAGUGCCAUCAAGGAUAUGUUACCGGAUUCAUCUAAAGAGAAGAUCUUGACUCUUUCGCCUUCAACAUAUGCUUACUACAAAUCAUAUGAUGGGUUAGAAAUUAUUGGUAGCAAGGUUGUUAGUGAGAUUUUAUAUUGGAUUAAGAACUUAGAGAAGGAUGAAAAUUAUAAGGUGGUCAAAUUCUCUAUAGUGGGGUAUUCUUUAGGAGGUUUAAUAUCAAGAUACGUUAUUGGAGAGUUGUAUAAGAUUGGAUUUUUUGAAUCUAUUGAGCCGAUUUAUUUCACGACAUUCGCUACACCUCAUGUGGGGAUCCAAUUCUAUGAUAAAGGGUUAUUUCCUAAAAUAGCCAAUACUUUGGGUCCUUAUUUAUUUGGGUAUAGUGGUAGAGAAUUAUUUAUUGCUGAUAAAGAGAAGCUUUUGGUUACCAUGUCAACUCCAGAUUCACCUUAUUAUAAAGCUCUUAAAUCAUUUGAAUUAAGAUUGGCUCUUGCUAAUAUAAAAAAUGAUAGAACAGUGGCCUUCUAUACAUCUUUUAUUACUGAUUAUUCACCUUUCAAUCAGUUUAAUGCUAUUAAAGUCAAAUAUUUAAAGAAUUUACCUCAGGUCACUAUUGGUAAUGCAUUGGUUAGACCAAAAUUCGUUGAUUUGAAACGAUCACAAGUUCUUACACCAGAACAAAUCCAAGGGUUCGAAGGUAACAAGCAAGAAAACACGAGCUUGAUAAGAAGAAAUAAAUACUUGCGGUAUUCAUUGAUGAUUUUCCUUGCUAGUUUUAUAUUACCAUUUUGGAUACCAUUUGUGCUAACUUCAACUAUAUGUGGUACAAUUUUUAGUAUCGUCAAGAUCAAAUUCUUUAGAAGCUAUGGAUAUUAUCAAGAGAACUCCAGUGAACGAUGGUUGAAGUUAAUGGAUAAAGAUCAUCCUACUGAAACAAAUUAUUCUCAAGAUGAUGAAGAAAAUGCUUUUACUGGAGGGACAGCUCAACUUAUGGAAAAUACUUUUGAAGGAUUCUUGAAUGUGGAAGAUAGAAUGAUUGGACACUCCGAAUUGAAAACUACAGAUGAUAAUGAAGAUGAGGAGGAGGAUACUUAUUCUUCAAGUAGUACUAGUGGAGUCAGUGGUAAAUCAAGUCGAGACAAUUUAUUACCUGAUUCAGAUAUGCCAGUUCCUAAAACAAUUUUAGAAACUUUCACUAAGAAUUCUCGUCCUCUUGUUAAAAUAGACUUAAAGGCCUAUGAAAACUCCAUUUUGGAACAUUGGAAGAUGAUUUGUCUGGCCAAUGAAGUUGAAAAGUAUUCUACAUUUAAGGAAAAAACAAGAUUACCAUUGAAUCAAGAACGUCAAUUCAUUGUUGAAUCAUUGAAUGAUUUAGGAUGGCUUAAAUUAGCCAUAUAUAUUGAUGCAUGGAAUGCACAUGAUGGUAUUGUUUCCAGAAGAGGAAUCCGAUCUAAUAAUAAGGGAUCUGCCACUGUUUAUUUAUGGUGCACUAUUCUUCGCCUUCAUUUACGUAAUGAGCUUCCAGAAGAGGAGAAAUGA